ACAAUUUCAAAAAAAAAAAAUGACGAUACCUCUCCUCUUCUUCUCCGCCCUUACCCUCCUCGUUUCUCUCUCCUCCCAAACGGCCGACCCGAAACCCCCAAACCCGACCCGAAGCCCAUCGCCGGCCCACACCGAACUCACCCGCUUCGGCUUCCCGAUCGGGCUCCUCCCUUCCCCGGUGGAAAACUACACCGUCAACCCCCUCACCGGCGACUUCGUCGUCGACCUCGGCGACGCGUGCAAGAUCACGCUCCCGCCGGACAACUACCUCGCCACGUAUUCCAAGAGAGUCACCGGCAAAAUCAACCACGGCCGGAUCGCCGAGAUCAACGGCAUCAGCGUCCGCGCUUUCUACCAGUGGUGGUCCAUCACCGGAAUCAGGUCCAGCGGCGAGAAUCUGGUGUUUGAGGUCGGCAUGGUGACGGCGAAGUAUCCGUCUAAGAACUUCGUUGACAGUCCGGCCUGUGAGGGCCGCCGCCGCCACUCCGCUUCUUAACAGGUUCUACUUUGCUCCAGUCUCCAUCAAUUAGAUUAUGCAAGAUGUCCGGUUGUCAAUCCGGAUACUAAUGCUACUUCAAGGUUGAGGAUUUCAGAAUCGGCAUCCUUCUUCUGUCCUUGUAUCUUAUAUGUAUAAAUUUUUCACCACUCUUUAGUGUUGUUACUCUGGUGAUUAACAAAUGUAUGACCGUAACUAGCUGUUCACAAUAACUAGCUGUUCACAAUGAAACCAUUUGAAAUAUCAAGUUUAUGCAUUAUCAAUCUUAUUAGAGCUUGUUCAUGCUCAAAUUCGCCG